AUGACUGAGAACCCUUCUUUCAUCUUCGUGCCAGGAGCCUGGCACCGGGCCGAGGUCUGGCAGAAAGUGAUGUCAGAGCUAUCCGGACAGGGCUACACGUGUAUAGCUGUCACCCUUCCGUCGACGAUCACCCCCAGCGCGGCCUUCGCAGACGAUGUGAGCGUCGUACAGAAUACUGUUCGCGAAGAAACUCAAAAAGGUCGUGAUGUGGUUAUUGUUGUUCAUUCCUACGGCGGCCAAGUCGGUAACAGUGCCGUCAAAGGGCUUUCUCGAAAGCCCGCGUCCGUAUCCUCAUCGUCCGGUCACGUUAUCGGACUCGCUUUGAUAGCCAGCGGCUUCCCAGCCACCGGAGUCAGUUUCGUGGAUGGGCUUGGCGGAGAAAUUCCACCCGAGUGGAAAGUUGAUACAGACAAGGGGCUUAUUUCGUUAGCAGUAGAUCCCCAGGAGUUGAUGUAUCAGGAUCUAUCUGAAAAUGAAGGGAAGCUCUGGGUCGCUCGACUGACAAUCCAGUCUGUCAAGGCAAUGACAGAGGGAGGCGAAUCUGCCUAUGCAGGUUGGAAGGAAGUGCCCAACUGGUUUUUGGUGACACUGGACGACCGCGCAUACGCAGCGCAAGCACAACGAUUUUUCAUCAAGGCAGCACAGGAUGCAGGCGCGGAUGUGACCGUGAGAGAAGUAGCAAGCAGCCAUAGUCCCAUGUUGAGCAAACCGAAGGAAACUGCAGAGUUUAUUCUUGACGCUGCCAAGGACUUUGUUAACAGGAUCCCCGGCUUUUGA